AUGUCGGACAUCCUACUACCAACAGUGAAGGCUGCGAAAGCAUUAGGUGUACUCACCAGCAAGUCGUGCAGACUCCAAUUACCUUACAUGCAUUGCUCAUGUACAUCAAUGCAGGCCAUUUGGGAGGCCUUCUCCUCAGAUUAUAGCCCCGUGGAGAGGUAUCCGCCAUCAAAAGCAAAAGUGCCGCCAUCCGAACUGCUGGCUUGUGGUGCCGCCGGUAAACUGGCAAUAGUGUGUUUGAGCAGAAACACGGCACCACAGCCUCAACUAACAGCCCAAGGCGGAAUUACAGAAGAAAGACAACCAGUGGUCCUGGUGGGUGGACUCAAGCGUAAGGGGGAGAGUCAAGGCGGCAACUCCGACUACACAGCAGCAUGUCCCGGAAAAAAAGGAACUGCCAAUAUGCAUCAGGAGCAGCAGCCAAAACAUCAGCAGUCGAAGCAGCAGCAGCCGCGGCAGAAGCUGGCGAAAGAGCAGCAGCAACCUGAGAUGCAGCGACAGCCUCAGAAACAGCAAGGAAAACAGCCAGACCAUCCAUCGGAAAAGCUGCAGCAACAAACGCAGCUGGAGCAACCAAUGCAGCAAACAGAGCAAUUGAGCUCCAUCAAAAUCAUCAGCAGCAGACAAAGUAGCAAUAACAGUUAUCGCAGCUGGACCUCUCCAUGGAGGGCUCCGUCUUCCCCCUCUUCCUACCCAACAUUAGUCAAGAAAUACAUGAGAGAAAACGAAAGAAGAAAACUGUUUCCAAGGUUGGAGGGAGUGUGCACCAUCGACAGUCAGUUCCUCGAGAGAAAUCUAUCUUCUCAGAAGAAGAACCUCUUUAUGUACUUUCGUAGAUGGAAAAUCCACGGAAGACCCCGCAACUUCACACUCGUAAGGAAUUCUUAA